AUGAUAAUUUAUGGCAACUUCUUACUUCUGACUUCUGAUGAUGAUGAUGAUAACUCAUGGCAACUUCUGACUUCUGAUGAUGAUGAUAAUUCAUGGCAACUUCUGUCUUCUGAUGAUGAUGAUGAUGAUGAUGAUAAUUCAUGGCAACCUCUGACUUCUGAUGAUGAUGAUAAUUCAUGGCAACUCCUGACUUCUGAUGAUGAUGAUAAUUUAUGGCAACUUCUGACUUCUGAUGAUUAUGAUGAUGAUGAUAAUUCAGGGCAACUUCUGACUUCUGAUGAUGAUGAUGAUGAUGAUGAUAAUUCAUGGCAAGUUCUGACUUCUGAUGAUGAUGAUAAUUUAUGGCAACUUCUGACUUCUGAUGAUUAUGAUGAUGAUGAUAAUUCAUGGCAACUUCUGCCUCCUGAUGAUGAUGAUAAUUUAUUGCAACUUCUGACUUCUGAUGAUGAUGAUGGUGAUAAUUCAUGGCAACGUCUGACUUCUGAUGAUGAUGAUAAUUUAUGGCAACUUCUUACUUCUGACUUCUGA